GGAGUUUUUGACUGUUACGGCUAAUAGAAAACAUGGAUAGUGAGACAGACAUUUAAAUAUAUUUCUAACCUUCAAUAUUGUUAUCUCAGGCUCAUGUUAAGCAAAGAUUUAGAUAUAUACAAUCAAGAUUAAUUAUUUGAGAACAUUUGAAUUUAUUAAUUUUUGUUUGGAUUAUUAAUAUUGACAUUAAUAUAAAUAUAUAUAUAUGAUAUUCAUAUUACUGCUAUGACGGAUAAAGCACCAAUUAAAACAAAUAAACGUCUACAACAAACUCAAGCUCAAGUUAAUGAAGUUGUUGAUAUUAUGAGAGUUAAUGUUGACAAAGUAUUAGAAAGAGAUAAAAAUCUUUCUGAACUUGAUGGUCGAGCUGAUGCAUUACAAGCUGGUGCUUCUCAAUUCGAAGCUAGUGCUGGUAAACUGAAGAGAAAAUUUUGGUGGAAAAAUUGCAAAAUGCUAGCAGUAUUGGGUGUACUAGUAGUUAUUUUAAUUAUCGUAUUAAUUGGUGAGAUUAUAGUUACUACUACCAUGGUUUGUAUGUAUGUUGUUAGUGUGCAUGUAUGCAUCUACUUUAAAUGUAAUUUCCUUGUGUAUAUGUUGUAAAUGUUGUUGCUGAACUGUUGUGUUGUGCAUUAAAGCCUCUAAGAGAUGUUUAUUAAUGAUCCAUAAUAUCAAGCGCUGUUGAUAAUUCUAGUUAAAACCGAUUUUUUAUUAUCUUCUAUUCUAGUUAUUUCUUUUUGUUGUAUACACAAUAGUCAUCUAGUCUUAACCAUAAGUCAAUAAUUUGUAAUUUACUAUGAGCAUAAGCUCAACUCACAAAUAAUGUUUAUUUUUAUAGGUAAAAGUUGUUUUCAAUUUUUUAACAUUUUAUGGUUUCGUGAUUUUGUUUAUUCUAAUUAGUUUGAAAUUGUGCUCUUCAAUCCAUAUUUUAUAAUUUUCGUAGUAAAUUAAUGUAGAAUUUUAUAACAUCUAAACAGAUAAGGAAUUUUUAUCGCCGUUAGUAGUGACUAGCUUUGAAGUGGACUUUCCAAAGUUCUUAUGGGUAAGUAGUAUUUGUAGGGUCAACCAAUUGAAGAGUGCGACAGUUGUUUAUUGAUUACACUACAUUAUGGGUAUACUAUGUGAUGAAUGGACUAAAUUUAGGAAUAGUGAUCGGUGUAUUCUGACUUCACGGUUUGAUACUUAUUAAAGACUAUGAAUAUUCAUCCCUGAGAAAUUCCCAAUCUAGUAGUGAAUGAGUGUCUAGCGUUCUAGGGUUUUUGGCAACUCUCAAUUUUAUAUUAAUUGACGAUAAUUGCACAUAUUCUUCAAAGGUAUUCGUCACAAACACUAUGGUUAUAUUAAAAUCUUGAAAUAAUUAACUGAUUUCUUUAUCAGUUCCUAUCAAUUUUACUUUAUUUUUACGAGUUUUUAGCUAAAUAUUUGUAUCGAUCUACUUUCAUGUGAACAAUAGGACAUCAAUCUAAGAAUCAACUGAUUAUCAGUGACUAGGCUUUGGUAAUUUUUCGAAACAAUAUUUAAAAGGAUGAGACUAGCAAAAAAUAUUAUAUAGGUCGAAUUAAAAUCCUUAUCUUUAAGGUAAAUGCGUUUAACAUUACAACUGGUAAAUAAUGUACUAUGUUUUGUUCAUACAAGCUUUAUUUUUCUAACUACCUGCAUCAUACGUCUUUAUAACCCGUAAUCAAUAUUCAGUUCUGUAAGUAUUUCAAUCUUCAUGAGUAAUGUAUUUACCAUAUUAUAUAUUAAAUCAAUCAUUCCAGCCAAAAUUAUUGAAUAUGCAGAUCUAACUUAAGUAACAGAAAUAUAAUUUCAAAGCUUCUUCAGUAGUAUUCAGGUUGUCGACGAGGGUCAGCUUGAUGAGUAAUGAUGGAAAUUGAAAUGUAUCCUCUUUGUUAUCUUUCUAUGCACUAACACCCAAGUUAACCGUCAUCUCAUAUUCCAAGGAUAUUUUCAAUGUUUUUACAACUCUUUCAAAUAUAGACAACGUUUUAUGAUAUGCACUCAAUGCAGACAGGAUGUCUAGUAAAUAUACUUGUAGUCUUUUGGCUUCUUUCUUUUAAUCAUGAACUCAACUUCAGUUGUAUUGAUUGACUUAUUCAUUCAAAAAUGUGUUCAUGAUGUUGUUAUGGUUCCUCUUAUUCCGACUGAGCUACUCUUAUUGCUUAAUAUUCUUGUACACUACUUCACUCGACAAGUCCCCAAACCAUAAUACGGUUGAACAGGGACGCAAUCAUAUUCCAAAUAACAAGGGUGGGUGGAAGUAAGAAUCACAGUGAGAAAAAUGUUAGUAUAUUUAUAAUUUCUAGAGUCUUCUCCAAGUCCCUGCUAGCGCUGAUUGAUCACGAAAUGGCCAAUCAGCGUGCUCUAACAUAAUCCUGCACGGAAUACGCUUUAAUCAAAUCUAUAUCUCGCUAACAGAUGUAAUUCAUUGUAAAUAAAUAGGACAGCGUAGAAACUCAGUUCAAUCCGACAUAUGUAACAAAAAUAAAAACACUAAAAUACAAUGGAUAGGAUAAAAUAGUGGAACAUUAGGACGUGCAAGCAGUAAUAUGUCUUGAGUGAUAAAAAUUUAUUAGACUAUUGACUUCUUUUAUAAAAAAACACGUUGCUUAGUUUAGACUUUAAAGCUCCAAUCUGCAUGAUUUCAAAAGUUGAUACCUGAAAAUACCACUGAAUUAUUCCCAUAUACCAGUUUUCAUAGAACAACAAUAAUAAUUUUAACAGUUCGUUUUAUAACGUUUCCCAAUUUUUUUGUCGUUAAUCACUAUAUAUUGAAGUGCUCCUGGUUGAUGUAAGAGUAGAUUAUAGGAAAUCUGAGAGAGAUCAAAUAUGUCAUAUCACCUCUUAAAGUCCCUAAUUGUAUUUCUAGAAGGAGGAAUACUUGGUUGACUUCACACGAUAACGUUCAUAAGUAGUAACAUGGCCCAAAUCAGUUACAAAUGACGCAGAUAUAUUCACCCUCUGUCUUAGUCACGUAACACAUUAACAGCAAAAGCGUCAUAACAUUUGGAUUCUUGGUCCAUUUGGAUACAGCUAUUUUCAAUAUAUUGUUUCCAUAAUCAGUCCUUAACAUUUCAUUUAUUUCCAUUUCUCUUUUAAAACCUUUGUACCUAGUUAUCUUUUUUGUUAGAUAGAGGAUUUAUGAUUGAGUUACAUCAAUCUCAUUUUUCAUAUAUCUGUGUGUGCAUAUCGUUUGCUUACACACUUUCAUAUAUUUUUACUGCAUGAUAAUUUUUGUACUAAGAAAUACUUCAGUGUCUUCUCUAUAUACUUGAUUCUUUGUUGUAGCCAUUAUACAUCAACACAUUUAUAGUGGGAAUUAUGUGUGUGUGUGUCAUACAUAAAAAAAAUGCAUUCACCCUAUAGAUUUGUUUCUGUUAAUUUUUGGACGUCAUUAAGAUUCUUUUCAAUGUCUUAUUAAAAAUGAUUGUUUGUUCGCGGGAUAUGUACAUAUUGAUGACUUUUUUUCUGAUUAUGAAUGCAUACAUGUGGUCUUGAUUCUAUCUCUUCUUCUUCUUCUUCUUGUUAUUAUUAUUAUUACCAUUGUUAUUAUUAUUAUUUGAUCAGCCUCCUCAAAUCAUUUUAACUUUUGUGUUUAUAUUAUUCACUAAUUAUUCUUUUGAAGUGGUAUCUUUAAAAAAAAAGAAUAUUAAUAACGUUGAUCGCGUAUCUUCUUUAUAGUUACUGUCAUUGUUGUUGUGAUCUUUGUUUAUAUUUACUUAUGUAUUUUGCUGAUAUGUAUAUUAUUAACGGAUUUCUUUCAUCGUUUCCUGUCCGAUUUCAGUAUGGGUCGUUUCUGAACAAAAGUAAGUUGGUUGUGAAUGUUACAUAUGAUAAUUUUACAAUAAAUGAAGAUCAAAUGAUUUGAUCUCAAAGAUUUCGUCAUUCAAAGUUAUUGAUACAGAUUUCAAAUAAUAUAGUUAUUUGAAGUAUGUAAAUCAUACCUCAGUUAAAUCAUUUCUUUGGUAAACUAAACAAAUCUGUGUUUUAUGAAAGUUAAGAAUUACAUAUUUACCGAGUACAUGUUUAUAUAUUCAACUGUGAGCCACACUGUUUUUGUGUGGGCAAAAGUAAUGCAUACUGUUUGCAUGCUUAAACUAAUAUAGAUUGGGAGUGGAGUUCGAACCUGUGACCUACUUGUUGGAAACUGAAUGCUAUAACUAAGCACUAAAUCAUUGCCACUUUUAUUAACGGCGGCCUGCUUGAAUAUCUGGGUUACCUGUUUCUGCCAUCUAAUUAUUUCAACAAGUUGUCUUUUUUUCAUUUUGUUUUGACGUCGCAUUAUGUCCAUUAAUCGUGUAACCUAUACAGAAGCGUUUAUGGAAAGCCUACGACCUCUCGCUGCACAAAUUACAAAAAAGUACUAUAAAAGACAUUGUGGUGGUUGGUAAUAUGCGUUAAAGAGAAUGAACAUUAAUCGUAUGUGGAUUCCCGAGCUGCUAAAUUCUAACUGCCGAUCACUAAUCAACAAAGUGGACUAUCUUCGAUUCCUACUAAUUCAAAAUAUGUAUCGUAAUUGUGGUGUCAUCACUAUUCAAGAAUCUUGGUUAAAUGAUUUACAGGACGACUGCCUAGUAUCACUACGUGAUUUCAAAAUUUAUCGUCAGGAUCGAUCAAACAAUAAAAAGAGAUGUGGUGGCGGUGUAGCUACGUUUGUAAACGUGAACUGGUGUCGAUCUUCGUUUGCGUGUUUCAAGUUCUCAAAUGACUUUAUCGACUGUCUAACUCUAAGAUGACGUCCAAAACAUCUGAAUAAAUACAGAUAUGUUUAUGUCACCAAUAUCUACGUGACUCCAGACUGCACAUCAUCUGCGCUAUCUGUUUUCGCUGAUGAAUUCACUGAGUUCGCUGUUACUGCGUUCAGUGAUUCACUUUCAGUUGUAUGUGGUGAUUUCAAUUCAUGUGACUGUAGCUUCCUUUCGUCAGUAGGUCGCCAAAAUGUAGUAGAUUUUCCUACUCGUUUGGAUGCUCAUUUAGACUUCGUUUUCAUUAAUGAUGUGGGUAUAUAUGUGACUCGUAAACGUGCUCGAUUGUCUAGCUCGGAUCACUGUAUGAUUCGUGUUCUACCUAAAGUAUAUGGAAAGCAUGAGAAGAGUACACUCUUACAUCAAACCAAGAAAGUCAAAUAUAGGAAUUACUCAGUAUAAAAUAUCCAAAAUCUGCAAAACAUGUUUCAUACGACUAACUGUGGAUUAUUUACAGAUGACUCACUGGAAAUCACUACUGAUUUUAUCACUUGUUACCUUAAAUUCUGUUUUGAUAUUUGUUGUCCCACUGAAACCAUUUUUGUAAGUUUCGAUCGACUCACACCUUCAAAACUGAAACGACUACGGAGGGUGAGAGAAAGACUGUAUAAAGAGAAGAACUGUAAUGAAGUUCGUGAGCUAAAUGGUCUGAUAAACGUAGAGAUUAGACGUCUCAACUGUAUAUUUACUGAAAAACUCUUGUCUUGCAAGAACUCUCCAAGUAUGUGGAAAGUCUUUAAAGAACUUACAGAUGACAGACAGAUUAGGAGCGAUAACCAGCUGAAUGUUUGUGACUUAAAUAAGUCUUUUGUACGUCAGUCAUCUGAUGUAAUGCUCCCUUCAUCCACAGGUUUAAAGAAUAGCCGUGUUCCUCGUUCCACUGAAACUGAUGUCCGAAGAUGUCUCCAGUUACUUAAUUUAUCCUGAUGUUUAGGACCUGAUGGUAUCUCAAACAUCUUUUUUUAAAAAUGUGCUGACGUCUUAUGUUAUCCGUUCACGACUAUCUUUAACCGAUCCUUCUCAUCUAAUCUCCUACCGAAAAUGUGGAGAAAGAUGAAGAUAAUCCGUGUACCCAAUAAAGUAUCUGGUGAUAAGAAUGUGAAAUUUAGACCUAUUGCAAUAAUUUCACCCUUCCUUAAAACAAUGGAAAAAUUAUUAGUACUUCCAUUUCAGCCUGCGAUAAGAGAGCAUAUUGAUCCGUAUCAGUUUGCCUACAGAUGGAAAUGAAGCACCUUAGAUACUGUUGCUGUUCUGCAUCACAAUAUAGUGUUCAACUUAGAAAAGGGUAAGAAGUAUGUUCGAUGGGCUUUUCUGGACUAUACUUCAGCUUUUGAUUCUAUACCAAGACAACGUUUACUUAACAAGUUAAUCAGCGUCAACACUGACAGCUAGAUAACCAACUGGCUAUGUCCAUACAUCUCUGAAAGGGAACAGUACACUGUAUUUGGAGUAAAGUGUUCAGAGUCUCUACUGUCUCAUGAAGGUGUACCACAAGGAGCUGUUUUUUCACCUCUUCUUUUCUCUUUUUUUCUGCAUGAUUUGCCGUCUUACACAAAAAACACUAUUGUGAAAUAUGCGGAUGAUCUCACUGUAUGUAUGCCUAUCUCUUCCUCUUUACAUCCCAUAGAAAUGAAUGAGUUUUUGUGUCGUAUUGAUUGUUGAUCUGUUGGUAAUGGUCUUAUACUUAAUCCGUCUAAGUGUCAAGCUGUUAACUUUAGCAUGAGACAUGAACGGCAUCUUAACACCGUUUUGAGAUCCCAUAAUGCCUGUGCCAUUGCAGACUCUUUGAUAAACACAUUGUCGAAGGUCAAUUAUCUUGGUGUUACCUUUUCCUCUGAUCUGUCUUGGUCUUCUCACGUUUUAUUGUUAUGGAAGAAGGUUUUUCGUCUGACUUACUACAUAAAGUGAUUGCAUGCUCUUGGGAUUACUCGUCAUUUACUUUUAUAAUUUGUCAAUUCUUGCAUAUUACCUAUUAUUCUCCGUUAUUCUUUCCCGGACUUUUGAGAAAAGACUUUGCUGCAUUGUGGAGAGUGCUGAAGGCAGUUAGCAAGGUGUGUGGUGAAUCUUCCGAGGUUAUAAUUAAUAUGGUUGUAGAUAGACAUCUAAAGUCAUGCAAACUCCUGGCAGGUGUUAUUUUAUCAGAUACUAACCAUCCCCUUCACUCUUAUCUUUCUCCUUGUAUAUCUUCUGGUAGAACGAGACGUAAUUACGCUAAAAUCCAUGCACGCAAGUAAAAGUAUAAAAGUUCUGUGAUACCUUACCUAGCAAAUAUGCUCUGUGACGAACAGGUUGCCAGAGUUAACCUAAUCAAUAACCUGCAUUCUUAACAUGUCUCUAAUUUGAAAAGUUGUACAGUUUUUCGGUUUUUUUUUAAAACCUUUUAUGUUUUUUUGUAUUUGUUACUGUGUUUUUUUUGUUGUGUAAGUAACUUGUUGAAAUACGCUGUGCUGAGAAUUCUAUAUUGUACCAAAAUAUAAUAUUGAAUAAAGUCAUUAAUAAUAAUAAAAUAAUAAUAAGACAUAAAUAUUGUUAUGAAUGGGUACUAAAAUAAAUAUGCGUCAUACAAAUAAAGAAAUUAGCCUGGGAACAGAUCUAAAAAGAGGGAAUGAGUUUAAUUAAAAACAAAUAAAUGAAUAAAAGUAAGUGAACGAAAGUGCUAAUAGUAGGAAAAAACAGUUCAGUUAGGAAAAAUAACCAGAGAAAGAUUCUUCUUUUGAAGGAAUUCAUAUCACUGUUAUGAACAAUGUAAAAACUACAGCAAUACCGUCAUUAGUUUCUGUUCUAACCCAUGUCUGAUGAACUCGUAAGCCACUGAGUCAUAUCAUCUCUCGUUCAUCACCAAGAAGUAUUAAUGGACGGACAGAUGCCAGUCUUAUAAAUAUUUGUUUCAUACUACGGCACUAUGUAACAAACUGACCACCUCUGAUUUUCGCGUUUGAUCCCAUCAUCGGCAAAUAAUAUCUAAGCUACUGAAGUUGUUGUUUCGAGAGGUGACAACAUUUGUGUAGUCGUCGCAACACCUGAACACACGGUUGUUUGAACGGCUUCCGAGAACUACGACGGAGCCUCCAGACGUAUUAGAGGAGCCGCAGAGUUCCAUCCAAUCAGAAUGCAAUACAGCUUUCUAGAGUAUCAACGUGGCAUGCUACUAUUGGUCAGCAACAGAUUGGUUGAAUUAUAGUGUUGAUGUAACAAACGCUAAUAUCUAUAAAUACCCAUGAUUUCCUGUACAUUUUGAUUCUUGCCCAACAAGCACUUUCUCCAAUCUUCUGUCUUAUUUGUGGCUUAGAGGGUUCUAGCGUUUGAGUGCUCAAGUUUAUAUGCUGUAUAUUAAGAAUCUAAGCUCUCGAUAUAACAACGAUGCUGAACCUCGGCAUCAAAAAUAUACUGUUGUUCCUAAAUGUCAACAAUCCUUCGGACAAUUGUCAGUAGUAAUAAGUUUUCAUGAAGCCUUUCCUUCCAUUCUUUCGUGUAGUAUGUAAUUUUCAAAAAAAGUUGUUUUGUAUUUUAUUUGUGCUUAAUUGAGUUAAAAUAUAUUCCCUUUUGAAAAAUAUCUUAUAUACUUUGUGAAAUAUAUUCCACUACUUGACUAGAACGUAACGAACUUUUUAUCUACAUGGUUCUUUGUGGUACUAUUUUCGCUUUGAAAUAUCAAUAAUGAAUUUUUUUAAUCUUCUAAGCAUUUCCAUGUUUUUUUUUUCUAUUCAGGUGUCAGUAGUAUGGUAGCUUAUGCAAUCACUAAACCCUCAUCAACUAAUUAAUUUUGUGAAUGAUAUCUACUUUUUUUGAAAUAUUUCCGAGUUUUGUAAUCUUGACAGGAUUAAUAAAUUUUGAUAAUAUAAACACGCGCAUGUAUGUAUAUAGCCUUUAUACAGAUUUCUACAAUUCCUUUUUAAGAAUUCUCUAAGACCAUUACUUUUUGCCAUAGAUUAGAAAUUUUAGGAACCAGAUAGAGCCGUUUAGUGUAGACUUAAAUUUAAUGAUUCUAUAUAAUAAGCGUAUUACUAAACUUAUUCAUGAAUAUUCGUUACGAUGGAAUAUUAUCAAUACUUGUCACCUUAGAGUCAGUCAAUUAAGAGAUCUUCAAAUUAAUUGAUAGUGAAUUGACAUCAAUGGUUAGCAUGACUAUAAAAUAUUCUUCAGUAUGGUUUCUUAAUAUCAAAAUUUAUUACCACUUCGUCUACCUUCUCUUGUCUAUUUGUGUUAUCAAAUAUGAUGAAUUUCUUCAUUUUCUUGUGUCUUAAUUGUUUUGUUUUUCUGUAUUCUGUAGAAAUAAAGUUGAACAAAGUGGACAUUCAUCUCAUCAUCUUGUGAUGGAUAACACAUCGCAUUUGUUAUCGGAACCAGUGAUGAUGGAGCAUUCAAGAGAAGGAAAACCAAUUUUGCCUGAUGAUCAUAUGAUAGGUUCGAAUGAAGUAAAUAGUGGAACGCCACCGUCUUUUAAUUCUAAUAGAAUAAAAUCCAAAGGUUUUGAGAAAUUACGAUCACCUCCAUUGUCGUUACCAACUUCUCCUUCGUAUACCCCCUCUUUCUCUUCGUAUCCCUCUUCAUCUCAACAUCAUUUUGAAAACAAUGAAACAUCAUUGUUUUAAUUGGAUAUUUCUUCAUGAAUCGAUUAUUGAUUAAUCUCCGAAUUGUGCCUGGGAUCAGUUAUCACUACACAUAUUCAUUUUCAUACGUACACCAUUGUUGUUAAUUGGUGAUAGUCAGUGUAAACCAAAAUAAAUGAUAUUUAUUUAUUUAUUUCAUGCACAUAUAAAACAAGAGAUCAUAUAACAUUGUUUUAUUCUCUUUCUUGCUCACUUGUUCAUCUGUUUUUGACUCUUUUACAAAACUCAAAUCAUCGAGACCACAUAUUAAUCAGUUAAUACAUGUGCAUUGACAAAUUGUGUAAUGUAUUUUAAUCUGUUUUUAGUGUACAUCUUUGUCUGUCUAUCCAUAUGUCUUUGUCUGUAUGCCUUUAUGUAAUUAUGUAUGUGUAUUACCCAGAUAUUAUCGUUAUUAAGACUACUAUGACAACUAUUAUUACUUCUUAUUUGAUAGAAUAUUACAAUUUAUUUCUGAUCUUUCCUUCCUUUACUCUCGUAUGUCGUUUUUUUCCUUUUUUUUCUAUUUUUAUGUGGAUUAAUAUAUGAAAUAAAACAGAAGAAACAAUUAAUAUUUGAUAAUUUCUCUAGGUUGUUCAUUUUGAUGUUCUCAAUGAUAAUGGUGAUAAAGUUCUUUGCAUUUGUUAUUUUUACUGUUUGUUUGUUUUAAUUUAUUCAGUUACUUCAUUUGGGAGCGUAAAUAUUGCAGCUAUGAAUUCGAUGACGUUUGAUCCAUUCCCAUAUUUCAAUCAAUACAAUUAGUUAGUAGUAUUAGCCAUCAUAAUAAGAGUAGAAUGUAUGGUGUUAUUGUUUGUAGUCAUACUUGAAAUGAGUAGUUAUACACUGGAUGGUGAUUAAUAUUAGAUGCUUAAUUAACUAUUCUACUUUGCUGGUCAUUAAUAAAUAAAAUGAUGUGGUUAGAAAUAUCGUAUUUAUACGUACAUAGUAUAUAUAUAUAUAUAUAUAUAUCAUCAAUAAUUCACUGGAGUUGGACUAUAAUUUACUAGCUUUUAAGUUAGUUUCAAUCAAAAUUAUUUUGUUUGGUAUUAUACUCUCAUGUUGUCCCAUUGAUUUAAGAUUUUUUCGCUGAAUCCCUCUAUGACAAAAUGGAUGUCAUGGUUUGGAUAGUUUAAAGUAUUCUACCGUUUUUUCCCCUGCUUUUUAAAAAAUUAUUAUUCGUUUUUCUUUUAUACAAUUUACAUCAAUACUACCUGUUGUUGUUAUUGGUAGUUUAUUACAUAACAACCUAGUGAAUAAACCAUAAUCAUCAUGUUUGUUUGUUCUGUUAUCAUGUGAACAACCAAUUUGGUCUCUGCUGCUUACAACUGGCAUACUAUACAUCUUUUAUUUGGACUGGUCUUGAGAAGUAUUGGAAAUAUAACCUAGGAAUUUCGUCUGUACACGUUUCAAUGAACAAGAUUGAAUACAGAAAAAUAAAUAUUGUCCGCUUAGCUUUCUGCACGCGUAUUCACUAUUUGUUGACUAGUGAGGAACAGUUUAUUAUCCGAAUGAGUUUUAGUCUAAGCUUGUUAACCUGCUUGUUUUUUCCGAAAGCUGUGAUUUCAGCCCAACGAUUGUCGUCUUUAGCUAGGCCCGCUUAGAAAGCCAAGUUCGUCAAAUUGACGUAUUUAUCUCUGAAAAAACCCCUUCAUAUACUUGUGUUUUAAUGUUUAUCUCUCUUUGGAGGUAAUUCCCGUCAUACUUAUGAAUCAUGUGUCAAACUUCUCUUUUUUUCGUUAAUUCAUUUUGAUACUCUCAAUUUGUUGAAGUUUGCUUGUUUCUUCUGCGUUUGUAAUUUUGUACUCGCUUUCAGUCUACUGGGUUAGCCGCUUUUUAUGGCACAAAAAAUCAGUUGUCUCUCUCUAUGAACCUUAAAGACCCGAAAUAUUAUCCUCCAACUUACUAACCAGUUUCUCAUUAAUUAUGUUGUGGUGUGAAACUCAAACAUUGAUUUUGGUCGCGGACUGUGACAUUUUUGUAGAAUUGUUUUCAUUUGUAAACUUUAUUUUGUAAUCCCGAAAUUUUCGUCAGUUGUUAAGAGAUUUCAAUGUUUUUGGAAAAAUUACCCACAAAAUGUAAAUUCAAUAUAUGGUGUGCUAUAGCUCAUAGCAUAAUUAAUGCAUUCAAACGCACACAAGCACAAAAACAGGUGAUGUUCAGAACUGACUUUUCAGAAGUUGAUCUACCAGGAGAUUCAAUUGUUGACUUAAGAUACGCAGAUGAUACAUUUCUGUUUGGAGAAGACGCUGACAAAAUCCAGUCUUCUGACCACCUUAAAGAAAUAUCCAAGCAUGUUUAGGAUACGGUUUUCUCCCUCUAAAUGCAAAAUGUUUCUUUAAGAUUGGCUUGCGCCAUCGUCUGAACUAGUGAUAGUUAGUGAAUUAGUUGAAUGUAUAGGCCACUUCACUUACCUCGAGUCUCAUCAGUCUUGUUGGUCUGGUGUGAUGAAAUCUAGACAUAUGCAGAAGGCCUGGUUGGCUUUUACAAACUUGCGUCACUUGUGGCGUAGGCGAAAUAUCCGUUUACUAACCAAAGGACUAUUUUGCUGCGGCAGUAGUUCAAUCCGUCCUACUCUAUAGAUUCGAAAGAUGGCCGUUAAGAACAGAGGAUAUUCGUGGGAUACUGGUAUUCGGUCAUAGGUGUUCUCGGACUACUGCUUGUGCAUUUUGGGACUACAGAGUAACCAGUGACUGAGUUAAGAAUAGAGUACUAGGUAAGGAUGGUAAAUCGAUUGAUGAAGUUGUAAGUCUUCAUCAACUGAGGUGUUCGGGACAUUUGAUACGUAUGCCCAACCAUCGCCUAUUUCAGUGGGAUAUGUUUUCUGGUAUAGGAGUAGGCUGCAAGAGAGCUAGGAGCGACUGAGCUAAAACAUGCCAUCAGUUCAGGAGGUCACUGGCAAUUGGACUGAGCCAUGUUAAUAGGUGUAGGCUACUUGGCUGAAGUCCACGUGAUUUUCGUAAACGGUUGUUAGACAUUACAUGGCAUGACUAAG